AUGCCAGAGGUUCCGGCAGAGGCUCCUUUAAUUAUAGAGCAUCCCUCCAGGAUCAGAGACAUCAGCCGUCCUUUUUUCCCUCACGAGGCGCUCCCUUCAGGUCACGAGGUUUCCGAGGGAAUCCAGGCUCCCGUCGACCAUUCGGUAAGUUAUGUUCUUCGUCCCCCUCCUUUUUUAGACCAUUUAGUCGGGGGCAGACUCCGAUUCUUUUCUCAUGUGUGGUCAGGCAUAACCUCAGACCAAUGGGUCCUUUCUACUGUGCAGGGGUUCACAAUAGAUCUGAUUGCCGAUCCGAGCUCCAUCCCAGCCCCCCCUACGGUACCACUGUCCUAUGCGGCACGGUCCCAAUUUCAGAGGGAAUUGUCGGAUCUUCUGCAGAAAGGCGCGAUCGAACGCGCACCGGAGAAUCGUGGGGGUGUCAUCAGCAGUAUUUUCCUGGUGCAAAAGAACAAUUUUGUACAAUACCGACAUUUCAAGAUGGAGGGCAUCCAUCUUUUGAGGGAUCUGCUCCUUCCAGGCGAUUGGUUGGCCAAGAUAGAUCUCCAAGACGCCUAUCUCACGGUCCCAGUGUCCCCCUCUUCAAGAGACCUGCUGCGGUUCCUGUGGAACGGUCAGGCCUGGCGCUUCACCUGCCUUCCGUUCGGCCUGUCCUCCGCCCCCUGGUGCUUUACCAAGAUCAUGCGCCCAGUGGUGGCUUGGCUUCGCAGCAGAGGUGUUCGUCUGAUCGUCUACCUGGACGAUAUCUUGAUCAUGGUCCAAUCACGGGCUCUCUUGUUGAGACACCUCCACUUGACGGUGACGCUCGUUUCCGACUUGGGGUUCAUUGUCAACCAGGAGAAAUCCUGUUUGACCCCCUCCAGAUCCAUAGAGUUCUUGGGUUUCCAGGUGAACUCGGAAGAAUUAUCCCUCAGUCUUCCACUCUCGAAAGUCAAGGCUAUCCGCAAGGAGUUGAAGCAUGCUCUACGCCUACCUCAGAUGUCGUUGCGGCAUUUGGCAAGGAUAAUCGGACUUCUGGCCUCCUCAAUACAGGCCAUUUUCCCAGCCCCCCUCCAUUAUCGUGCGUUGCAGCGCCUCAAAAUUGCUCACCUUCGGUCGGGGGCCUCUUACGCAGAUUUGGUCUCAUUAGAUGCCGAGACGACGGACGAGAUGAGAUGGUGGAUCCACAACCUGUCAGUGUGGAAUGGCAGAGCGAUCGUGGGUCCCCAACCGGAUCUGAUCAUAGAAUCCGAUGCGAGCCUGCACGGAUGGGGAGCACAUUGCAGUGGUGUGUCCACGGGCGGUCCAUGGUCUCCAGAAGAAUCCCAUCUUCACAUCAACGCCCUGGAACUCCUAGCAGGGUCGUUUGCCAUUCGCAGUUUUGCCAAUGGUGUGGUCAGCUCAGCCAUCAGGCUCCGCAUGGACAAUAUAUCUGCGGUCAGGUACGUCAAUUGUAUGGGUGGCACACGGUCGGUGGUUCUGACCCAUUUGGCGAAGGAUUUCUGGGAAUUCUGUCUCGACAGGAACAUCUCUGUGGUGGCCGAGUACCUUCCAGGCCUUCACAACACUCUGGCGGACUGGAGUUCUCGCUACAUAUCGGACUCCAGCGACUGGAAGUUAGACGAGACGGUUUUUUCUGCUAUUUCUUCUCUGUGGGGUCCCUUUGCAGUCGACCUCUUCGCUUCCCGUUUGAAUACCCAACUGCCCAGGUUUUUCAGCUGGAGGCCGGAUCCCUUGGCGGAGGCAGUGGACGCUCUGCUUCAACAUUGGGGAGGAGCGUUGAUGUACGCAUUCCCUCCCUUCGCGCUCAUUCCACGAGUGCUCCUUCAGGUUGGUCAGCAGUUGGCGAACCUGGUUCUGAUUGUUCCGUUUUGGAGGACCCAGUCCUGGUUCCCUCAGAUCCUGGAACUUCUAGUGGACUUUCCGUUUCUCCUUCCCACUCAGGUGUCACUACUCCAAGGGCCUGCAGGAGAAGUUCACCCACUCCUGCAGAACGGGUCGCUACGCCUCCUAGCUUGCAAGAUAUCGGGAGUCCAGGAGGAGGCGCUGGACUUUCAGGAACAGCUAGGUUCUUAUUGGACUGCGCUUGGGCGCCCGGGACGAGACGGGCUUAUCGAGCCGCCUGGGGUUCUUGGUCUCGCUGGUGCGUCGACCGGACUCUGGAUCCCGUUACGGCCCCUGUCAAUUCCAUCUUAG